CUUCUGGAGCUUCCACUUCAGAACCCUCCCUGGCAGCUGCAUUCCCCAGUCCUGUUGCAAAUGCUGAGAAAGUCGAGCCAUCCAACAACACUUCUACCCAGCCUUUCUCGUUGGAGGAUGCCAUUCCAACUUCUAGCAGUCUUCAUGGGAAGGGUAUGGGGGAAACGCAGCUGGUUACUUCUGUUCCAACUGGCCCCACCAAUGAGAGUAAUCCUGUAGUCCCAACAAACCCUGCUGUGCAACCCAGCACUGCUGCCCCAACGCCAGUUAUUAAGAAACUGGCAGUUUCUGCUGGAGACAGUGUUGAAGUGACACUGCCAAAGAAUGAAGUGGAGCUGAAUGCAUACGUCUUGCCUCCACCACCUAAAGGGACUAGCUACUCCUAUGACUGGAGGCUGAUCACACACCCCACCGACUAUAGUGGAGAGAUGGAAGGACAGCACUCACAGAUUCUCAAAUUAUCCAAGCUCACAGUUGGCCUGUACGAAUUCAAUGUGAUAGUAGAUGGUGAUAAUGUUCACGGAGAAGGAAUGGUGAAUGUGACAGUAAAACCAGAGCCUCGAGUGAAUCAGCCCCCUGUGGCCAUUGUGUUACCCCAGUUCCUGGAGAUCUCACUACCAACUACCUCAACAGUCAUUGAUGGCAGCCACAGUACUGAUGAUGACAAAAUAGUCAGUUACCACUGGGAAGAACUGAAGGGGCCUCUACGGGAGGAGAAGGUAUCGGCAGACACUGCAAUUCUGAAACUGACCAAUCUGGUGCCAGGAAAUUACACUUUCAGCCUCACCGUGGUGGACUCGGAUGGUGCCAGCAACUCCACCACUGCCAGCCUGACUGUGAACAAAGCAGUGGAUUACCCACCCGUAGCAAAUGCAGGCCCUAACCAAGUUAUCACUCUGCCCCAAAACUCCAUCACCCUCUAUGGGAACCAGAGCACAGAUGACCACGGCAUUGUCAGCUAUGAAUGGUCCCUCAGCCCCAGCAGCAAAGGGAAAGUGGUAGAGAUGCAGGGAGUGAGGACUUCAACUCUGCAGCUCUCUGCAAUGCGUGAAGGUGACUACACCUACCUGCUGACGGUGACAGAUUCUGCUGGCCACCAGUCCACUGCUGAGGUCACAGUGAUUGUGCAACCUGAAAACAAUAAGCCUCCCAAGGCAGAUGCUGGUCCAGACAAAGAACUAACUCUGCCUGUGGACAGCACCACUCUGGAUGGCAGCAAGAGCUCAGAUGAUCAGAAGAUUGCAUCCUUCCUUUGGGAAAAAACACGGGGCCCAGAUGGUGUGAAACUGGAAAAUGCCAACAGCAGCAUCGCCACAGUCACUGGGCUUGAGGUCGGGACGUACGAAUUCACGCUGACUGUCAAAGAUGAGCGGAACUUGCAGAGCCAGAGCUCCGUUAACGUCAUUGUCAAGGAAGAGAUCAAUAAGCCACCCACAGCAAAGAUAGCUGGGAAUGUUGUCAUCACCCUUCCUACCAACACAGCAGAGCUUGAUGGCUCCAGAUCCACAGAUGACAAAGGAAUUGUCGCCUUCCUUUGGACUCGGGAUGACGUCAGCCCUGCGGCUGGGGAGGUGUUAAAUAACUCAGACCACCAUGCGGUGCUGUUCCUCUCCAACCUGGUGGAAGGGACAUAUUCAUUCCAUCUCAAAGUGACUGAUGCCAAAGGGGAGAGUGAUAUGGACAGAGCCACAGUGGAAGUAAAACCUGAUCCAAGGAAGAACAACCUUGUGGAGAUGAUACUAGAUGUGAAUGUCAGCCAGCUGACAGAACGGCAGAAGGGCAUGUUUAUCCGUCAGAUAGCGGUUUUGCUGGGAGUCCUGGAUUCAGACAUCAUCGUACAAAAGAUUCAGCCUUACACAGAGGAGAGCACAAAGAUGGUGUUCUACGUGUGGAAUCAGCCUCCUCAUCAGAUCUUCAAAGGGCAUGACAUUGCUUGGUCACUCAAGAACGAGCUGCGGAAGCAGCAGCAGUCAGGUUUCCUCAUCUUCCGAGUGCUGGAGAUCAAUACAGUCACCUGCCAGUUGAACUGUUCAGAACAUGGGCACUGCAACUCCUUCACCAAGCGCUGUGUUUGUGACCCUUUCUGGAUGGAGAACUUCAUCAAAGUGCAACUAGGUGAUGGCGAGAGCAACUGUGAAUGGAGCGUGCUCUACGUUGUCAUUGCAUCGUUUGUUAUCGUGGUCUCCUUGGGGAUCUUUUCUUGGGUGGUGGUCUGCUGCUGCAAAAAACGUAAGGGAAAACCCAAAAGGAAGAGCAAAUACAAGAUCUUGGAUGCCACAGAUCAAGAGAGCCUGGAGUUAAAACCAAAUCCCAAAGCAGGCAGUAAACAGAAAGCCCAGGCCCAGAACACCAGCCUGAUGCAUUCAGAAUCUGAGCUAGACAGCGAUGAAGCUAUCUUUACAUGGCCAGAUCGGGAGAAGGGAAAGCUGCUGCACAACCAGAAUGGUUUCCUGCGCAAUGGGCAGGUGACGCCGAAGCCGAAGAACCAGAGGGAGGAAAUCCUAUAGCCAUGGACUGGCACUCGCAAAGGGACAGCAAAUGACUCAGAAGCCUGUUCUGCUCCUCAGUUGCACAAGGAGCCUCCAGAAACCUGCUGUGUUGUGGAUAGCACUGCUAAUGUAUUACAUGGACACUUUUGUUUACUGCAGAUCUUUCUUUUCUUAAAAAAAAAAUUGAACUGCCUGUACUUGAAUCUGGACUUCAAGGGAAAUUUGGCAAAAGAAGCUGUGAAACAAAAGACUGUGAAGGGUAGGUGCUGGUUCCGAAAUGCUGCAGGAUUUAAAACCACUCCUGUGAAACUGUGAAAAGCGCCAUCUUGCCCAGGACUGCAAGACACACCCUGUGCUACCCGCCCCAAAAUCUGCUUGCCUCGGGGGAUGGCCAUCUUCUUCACACGCUCCCUCUUGUGGAGGGAGACAGUUCUGACUGCAAAAACCACAGCUUUGCUCUAGCCAGGAUGCCUUGGACUGUGUUCUUUUCUAAAGCACUUCAGCUGCAGAAAAGGACUGUUGGGUCCCUCUCCCCAUCUCUCACGGACUGUACUUUCUUUCCAAAAAGGAAUAGGAGGCCGAGCUUGCAGAAUGUGAAGCACUGCUGUCUCCAGGGCAUGGGAAGAAUUUACCCCAUGGGUCACAUUUACAAUUGUAAAGUGUCCCCCUCCCCGUUUUGUGUGUGUGUUUAAAUUAUUGUUAGUCUUGCCACUGGUGGGAACAGAAGUGAUACCUCCACGUCUAUGACUCCCCUUAUCCCCCUGCAUUGUUCAAGAGCACUCUACACAUAUACUGGAAGCCUUCCCUUUGUGUAGUCAGGAACACUGUAAGACAGCAAGUUUCUCUUCCACUUGAAAAAAAAAAUACCUUUGAUAUGCUGUCUAUCUUACAAAUAAUAUUUGCACAGUUUGAAAGCGGGGUAUCGGAGACAAAGGCGGGGGUAUCAAAUUGAUGAUUCCCUCUGAUCCCCAAUUGAUGAAUGCCUCUUCUCACUCCCAAUUCCCUUUCCCUUUAUUUGUCAUUUGUUACAUGUUCAUUGUGUGUUUCUCACAAGAAACACCGAUUGUCCAUUCACCAAGGAGGUUCAAAAACUUCUUGUUUAUUGAAAGCAACUGCAGGAGUCUCCCUUGAGCACCUCGUUUGAUAUAGAGAUUGAGAGUUUCCACACUGUACAAUCCAGCUCCCCACUCCCCUUUUUUAAAGUCAAUGGAAGAUGCAUACUAGUAUGAUGGUGAUGUUUGUGAUUUACUUUCAUUUGUCACCUGCAUUCUCUUCACCAACACUGUUAACCAGCUUCAUACUUGGCAAACCUUGUCUCUCCCCAAAGGUGAAUACACCUUUGACAGACACUCCACCCCCCACCUCCGCUGCUACCAUCAUCUAAUACUGAAGGGCAACUCUUCAAGACUCUUGAGCUUUGAUGAUGAGGGUUUCGUUUUAAUUUCCAAACUGGAAUUCCAGGCUCUCUCUCUAAGUCAGGAGUGGCCAGCUGGCAACCCAGAAACCAGAUCCAGCCCCUGGUUGGCAAACCAAAGUCAAAUAGCUUGCAAUACUAAUUGUGGUCCUUUAUUAUUGUAAUUGGAGUGAGGCUAGCCAGAUGAGAAUGCUACACACUUCUGAGGUCACAAGCCACUGUUUAAGGUGGGUUGGUGGUGGCUACAAUGGCCUCAGAGAAUGUAGAAGUUGGCCAUCCUUGAUUCAAGUGCGUAACAAGUUUUCAAGUUCUCCUGAAUUCUGUUUACAUUGCUGCACUACUGAUUUGUUGAAGGUGAUGAUUAAAUAUGCUGCUCAGCUUGUGGGGGCAUCUCUCCCCCUUGAAUUGUU